AUGAGGAAACUCGCGUCACUCCAGCAGCUCAUAUCUGAGACUUCAAUCGUGAGGCUUGAGGCUGCCCUGGAAACAGGGAACGAUGUUCUUCGAGAAAUUAGAUCUGCUUUUGCUGACGCAACUAGCGUUGAGGAAGUUGCGAAGUGGGUCAAGCAGGCUGAUGAGCUCCUGGCACAGUCCCGCAAGCAAAGAACAGUUGUCGGUGUUGUCGGUAGCACCGGUGCCGGAAAGAGCUCCAUGAUUAAUGCUGUUCUAGACGAGGAGAACCUGGUGCCGACAAAUGGCAUGCGCGCAUGCACUGCCACUAUCACCGAAAUCCAAUUCAAUGAAACUGAGGAUGAGCAAGCGGCCUAUAGGGCUGAAAUCCACUUCAUUCAUGCGAAUGACUGGAUCCAAGAACUUCAUGCUCUGCGCGGGGAUCUCAGAGAACCUGACGGCGAUCUUGUUGGAGCAGAACAAUUGGGCAGCGAGCCUCGAGCUGCUAUUGCCUACGACAAGAUUAGAUCUGUUUACCCGCAGUUGAGUAAAGAGGAUGUUGCAAAGCAUGGUUUCUCUCCGGAAGCCCUGGCACACCAGGCCCCCGUAAAGCAAGUGCUUGGUACCGUGAAGGUGAUAACUGCACCAACAAGCAGCGCAUUUACGGAACUUUUGCGGGAGUACAUCGACUCCAAGGACCGAAUUUGGGAUCAUAAGAACAACAGCGACCGGAUGGAGUUCUGGCCCUUGGUCAAGUUCGUACGGGUCUUUGUUAGAUCACGCAUCUUGGAACCAGGAAUGGUCUUGGUUGACUUGCCUGGUCUGCAUGAUUCUAAUGCCGCCAGAUCCGCAGUGGCUGCCAGGUACUUGCAACAAUGCACAGGUCUAUGGGUUGUUGCCCCUAUCACGCGGAUUGUUGAUGACAAAGUCGCACAAAAUCUCCUCGGGAUGUCUUUCAAGAGACAAUUACAGUUCGACGGACUCUACUCAGCUAUAACUGUGGUUUGUACCAAGACAGAUGACAUCUCUGUCACGGAGGCUUUGAGAUCCAUGCCGAUGGGCCAUUCGAUACGUCAGGAUUGCAUGACCAUGGCUACGCUGGAGAAAACCGAGCAGCGAUUGAUCAUGGAGUCUUCUCUGGUCAAUAAGCGCAUUGCGGACCUCAGUGGCCUUGUUGAUAAGUGUGAAGAAGAUGUCGAGCAACUGGAGCUCUCACUUGAGUCCCAGGACAAUGAAACCCUUGAUGACAACACGAAUACCUCAUCUUCCGAGGAAGACAGUCUCGAUGAUAGCGCCGAGCGCCAGGAGAAAAGGGUUGAUUCUAGGGAGGAAGCAAUCCGGCGGCUAGCGUCUCUUCGAGCAGAGAAAAAAGCUAUUCGUGCCGAGAAGAGUGAUCUGCAAGAAAAAGCCAAAUCUCUACGUGAGGAUCUUGACAAGGCAAGGUUUGAUAUUGGGGGUCUCAAAUCUGGUAUCAAGAGCGCUUGUAUUCAGUAUCGCAACCAGUACUCGCGGCCAGUGAUCCGGCAACAGUUUGCCGAAGGACUUAAAGAGCUUGAUGAGGAGAGUCUUUCCGGUCAAGGUGAAGGCGGACACGACAACUCAUACGCGCAGAGAUUAUCGAAGCGAUCGGCUGCCAGGCUCCCUGUGUUUUGCGUCUCGGGCCGUGCUUACCAGAGAAUGUCCGGCAUGCUCAGAAAUGACGAGCCCGACCGUACCGGAUACCUUUCCCUUGAGGAGACGGAGAUCACAGCUUUGCAACAGCAUGCCCAAAGAACAGACUUGAAGGACGAAGAACUUGCUUUCCUAGAGAAAUCUUUGAAGGAGCUGUCUCUGAAAACGCAUUCCGCUGUUGUCAAGGCAGUCGACAGAUGCGACCUUGCGCUACAGGAUGCCUUGAACGACAAUUUCGCCUCAGCUGCUACUCGCGCAUCCAAGGAUGCGCCUGGAAUAGCAAAAUCAUGGGGAAAGCCAAAGCGUGAUGGCGACCUAUGCCGGCCGUUAUUGAACCAUAUUGCUCUGCCGUGGGAACGCGCCUUCUCCCGCACAAUUCCUGAUAUCAUCGAUGCGUUGGGGCAGGAUCUGUCCCAAUAUCUUUCUGAGUUUCAAGAUCAGAUGCACACUCGUCCACACCUGAAGAACUCUGAGCCAUACGAAAUGGUGAGCUACCGAGUCAAGAACCAGGCGGACUCGUUGCGAAAGGCUGUGAAAUUCAAUAAGCUUAUCAAGUUGGAUGAUCAAAAAAAGGCGAAUCGGUCUUUCAAGCCAGCAGUCCAGAAAGCCAUGCAGAGAGCGUAUAUGCUUUGCAAAUCAGAGAGUGGUACUGGUUCGUUUGAGCGUAUGAAGCGCUACAUGGCCGAACAAGUGCGAAGCGAGAAAAAAUCAAUGUUCGACUCAGCAGUCGGUGCUGCUCAGGACAGCCUUGAGGACCUGCUCGAUAAGCUUCAACAAAAUAUCAAGUCUAAAGUAGAAGAGGCAAUCCGCGAGGUGUCCGAUGACUACAUAACCCUCAUCGAGGACCACAACGUCCUCAAGGCUUUGACCUCAGCUCAGAAAAAGAUCAGGGUCUUGCUCAAUAACCUCGACAGCCGCUUUCAACCGGUGCUCGAAAUACCGGUCAGCACCACAAUCGGCCAUGGCAACAAAGGAGACGAAGCUGCCGACGAGGUUUCCCUUAUCACUUCUCCUGCUUCUGCUGUUUUGGAAUCAGAGGCCGAGCAAGGCACCAUCGAAUACGAAGUGACUCUCUAA